CUCCUCUUCUCUCUCUCUCUCAUACUCCCUGUAGAUCACCCACUCUCUCUCUUUCUAGCCCUCUAGUCACCAGAUGGAGAGUGGGCGGUGUGUUUUUGUGUGGUAGCUGCUGUGCGUUAGUGCAAGUGCAUAUGUGAGCGUUGACGUGUGUGUAUUUUGUGUGUCAGUGCUGUGAGUUUGCACACUGGUGCAUGUGUGUGCUAACAGAUACAGCCUGCGGUGCAGUAACCUAUAACCCUGGAGGGGUGACCACCUCACUAUCUGUAUCUCUCUCUCCUUUUUUCUCUCUUUCUCUUGUUUUCUUUCUCUCACCUGUGUGAUAUAGCUGUACACUCUUAGAAACAAAAGUGCUAUAUAGAACCUUAAAGGGUUCUUCUUCUGUCCAGAGAACCCCUUGAAGAACCCUUUUUGGUUCCUGGAACCCAAAAUGUUUCUACCUGGAACCAAAGGGUUUUACCUGGAAUAACAAAAAAAAAUGGUUUACCCAAUGGGGACAGCUGAAGAACCCUGUUGGAACCGUUUUUUCCAGAAGUGUAUGGAUGCUAUGUGCCUGGAGGCCGGGAUGGGUAACGUGAUAUACUAUAAAAUUGAAUGGGCGCUCAAAAAUCUGCCAUGAUCAACGUUUUUGUCCAUCGCCAAAUUGGGAUUGCAAGUGACAUACGGCUAAAGCGUUAGCUGGCAUCGUUUAGGGACCACUAAUCUGUGCAAAAUCGGACAAGACCUUUGAAUCUUGUAGCCUAGUAUAUACAGAGGAGCUAAGCUUGCAAGUGAGAGAGGGUGAGGGAGGGAGGGAGGGAGGGAGAGCGAGCGAGGGAGAGAGAGCAGUCAGAAUCCAAAAGCCAGGGAGAAAAAGUAUUCAAAGGAAAACAUUCCAAAUGGAUGGGACGAAGCCAGUCAUGGAGUCUACCACAGAGGAAAACCAAGAGGAGAGGGAAGAAAGCAAAGGUUGCUUCGAAUGCUGCAUCAAGUGUCUGGGCGGCGUGCCCUACGCCUCGCUGGUGGCCACCAUCCUCUGUUUCUCGGGCGUGGCUCUGUUCUGCGGGUGUGGUCAUGUGGCGCUGACCGGCACACUGACCAUGCUGGAGAACCACUUCUCCCAGAUCACCACUGACCACGCCACCCUCACCAUCGUGAUCCAGACCAUGCAGUACGUCAUCUAUGGCAUCGCCUCCUUCUUCUUUGUUUAUGGGAUCAUCCUGCUGGCUGAGGGCUUCUACACCACCAGCGCCGUCAAGAAGGAGCUGCAGAGCCAGUUCAAGACCACCGUGUGUGGCCGCUGCAUCACAGCCACGUUUGUGUUCCUUACGUAUAUCCUGGGCCUGGCCUUCCUGGGGAUCUUUGGCUUCUCAGCCAUCCCAGUCUUCCUCUUCUACAACAUGUGGACUACCUGUGCUGCCAUGAAGUCCCCCAUCGCCAACAUCACCGAUCCGGACUCCAUCUGUGUGGACGUCAGGCAGUACGGUAUUAUCCCAUGGAACGCGACACCCGGCAAAGCCUGCGGAUCUACACUAGGAGACAUCUGUAGCACCAGCGAGUUCUACCUGUCUUUCCACCUGUACAUUGUUGCGUGUGCUGGGGCAGGCGCCACCCUCAUUGCAUUGAUCCACUAUCUGAUGAUCCUGUCGGCGAACUGGGCCUACCUGAGGAGCUCCUGCAACCAGAACGAGUACCAGGACAUCAAGACAAAGGACGACGACGCGGAGGAGGGUGGCUCCAAGGAGGGUCUCAACUCCUCUUACUCAUAAGAACCGGCCAACCACACUUCCUCACACCUAACCUCCAACCCCCUUCUGGGUAAAACCAACACCUGGGUCUCCUUCACUAUGGGCGGUGUUCUGACUUGAGAUAUGUGCGCUCAACUCAAAUUGUCCCACUUUGGCUACAUUUACACAGGGAGCCCAAUUCUGAUUUUGUUUCCCCACUAAUUGGUCUUUCAACCAAUCAUAUCUUUUCACAUCAAUUCUUUUUCAGAGCUUAUCUGAUUGGUUAAAAGACCAAUUAGUGAAGAAAAUAUCAGAAUUGGACUGCCUGUGUAUAUGAAAUGCAGCCCAUGUCUUCCAUUGACAUCAAUGGACAAGUCUGAGUUGCGCACACUUUUCUCACCUCUGAAUCAGGUCCUUUGUCCAAAUGGGAGCAAACGUUUUCAAACGGAACAGGUAUAUAAGAAGUUCCUAUUGGAUGAGCUCAGGUUAGGUGGUACCUCUUUCUGUUUCCGAACGUUUGCUCUCGAUUGGACCGUUAUUGAGUGCAACCCUGCUGCCAUAGCCUAACUGCUCUGAGCCAAUCACAGCACAGCACUAACACAGCUCCUAAUAACCGCCUAACAACAAAGUCACUGUCUGCACAACUCCUGAGGAAGUGUGCCACAAAACGUCCUGUUUUUUGCUGUUUUAUAUAUAUAUGAAUAUAUUGUGUGAAUGUGUAUGUAUGAAUGUUUUUUUGUUUUUUUUAUACUACAAAGUAUGACAGGUUUACUAUUAUUAUAUUUAUCUGGUCUUCUCUUAUCUCUGGUAUUUUAUCGCAAUCCUGUUUUACCUGAUUUAGUUUUUUGCUUUAAAAAAAAUGGAAAUGCUUGAUACGUUGCACUAUUUAAAAAUAGAAAAAAGUAAAGUCGAAUUUAAAAAAAACAUGAAUACAUUACAUACAUUACAUACACAGCAUCUCAGGGUGCCUCUCUUAGAAAAUAUUGCUACUAUUAGGUUAACUUUCCCAUUCCUUUAUUGACAUCCAGCUACUUCUGUUGAGUAAUUCUUCAUUUUGGCCUGAGUAGAAAAACGUGUGCUGUACCCUAACUGGAUUGGACACAUGCACUAAUGUGACUGUGGCCCAAAGCAGCAGUUCUGUCAGCAGCUGUCUGCAGUGCUAACACAAUGCUUUGACCUUCAGAUGAACCUCUGGCCUGGUCCCAGAUCUGUUUGUGCUGUCUUGCCUGCUCCUAUGUUUGGCAUGAUAAUGACCAUAGGAGUUGGCAAGACAGCACAAAUAGAUCUGGGACCAGGCUAACACCUUACUGAUUAAGCACAUGCUUGUUACAAGGCAAGGCCACAGCUGAAGUGAACUUAGCAAAAGUCCCAAUGUUUGUUCAUUGUACACAACUGUGAAGGGAAUCAUACGUUCGCUUUCCUCAAGACAAGUCCACCCUUAAAGGGGUGAAGUUCACCUGUAAAUAUACGGACCGCCCCAAAGGAAGUUUUAUUGACUGACAUCUCCUGAAUGUGGAGAGCACGGUCAAUGUUUUACCAUGCUAUUUGACCUUUUCAUUACCAAUAUGUAAACGUUUCCUUUUGGAGUGUAUGUUUAGCAUCCUAUUACUAGUUCUGCAUUAAAUAUAAUAGUAAUGUGACAUCUUUUAAAACAGUAUGUUGUGAGAAGGAAGCAAGUACAGAGUCAUGAUGGCGGUGGUGCUUGUAUUGUGUACAUUUUGAAAUGUGGAGAAAAAAAAUGUUCCAAAUGGUUUUCAGUGUUUUAAAAAAAUCAGUUUUAGACUGCUGAAUCUUUCCCUGUGCUAAAGUAAUGACGAACUUGUCUUUGACAUUAUUUUACUGUGGCAAGCCAAAUGUAAGUGACUCAUCUCAUAUUUUUAGGCCUGUUAUAUGAACAGAUACCAUUUGGAUGUUUACAAUAUAACAAGUCAGGAAUGUUCAUUUUUUUUCCCCAAUAUCAUUUAUUAUGACAACCGAAUCUAUAAUAAUGAUCACUGACUAGUUCAUGCGCUCCGGGACUAUAAGGUUCUAUCUGCAUUUUAGUCUAAAUUGAGUUAGUGACAUAGCCUUGUUCUGUUUGAUGUUCUCUACCUACAUACAGUAUACUCUAAAUACCCCAAUUCAUGUUAAGUUCAAAAGAAUUCAAGGUAAAAUGGCUGACACCGUUCAAAACAACUAGGGCUCGAAACGGUAAAGCCAAUUACCUCAGAAUCAUCUUUUUGCAGAAAGAACCUUACAGUCCCAAAGCUCUCGAGUGAUCUUCCUCGCAGCAGUGAAACGAUGAUACUUUUAACUUUCAUAUGAAAAGGCAUGUCGGUAUUGUCCACGUGUGCAAACGUCUAAAUACUGAAAAAAUGACUAUAUUCCCAUGUGUGUUAUGUUUGAUAUAGUACAGUGUGCUUUGCCACCAGGUCGACGUAGGCAAGGGCAUGCGCCGUUUCAUAUAAGAUGCGUGUGUCAGGGUGUGUUGUCGUUUCCUCGUUAUUGCAUGAAGGCGACAUGACUGUCUUUGCAGUUUUUCAGGUGAUGUGUCGUCAAUUGUACUGACAACUAUGGUAGGCAGCGUUUGCCCCCCACUCAACUCUCUUUUUUUUUAAAGAUAUCCAUUGUACCUUGGAUGACAUUGUUGUCCCUGUAGUCGUUUCAUCAUUGCUUUUCUUUUUAAAGUUUCCAAUAGUUAUGAUUCCUGUAUAGUGAUGAUUUUUGUAACCUUCUCUAGUAAAAACCGAUAUUUUUUAUUAUCGUGAAA